AUGAUUGGAACUAUGCAUCGCGCUUCUCUCUGUUGUAUCUCUGAAUCAUCGAAACCCAAGGAUAGCGACGCUCCCGAUGAAGCUCCUCGAAUGACCACUCAUUCAACAAACAAGCCCCAAGUUAGAAGUAGUCUCAACAGUAACCACCAACCCCUUGUAUAUCACAUCAAUCAUGGAAAUUUUACUAAAGCGCCCCAAAUCGUCAUUCAUCUUGCCAGUCCGGAGAGCAUCAUUAAAGAUGCAACCCCUCAGCCAUAUCAUUUACACCCUUUCUACCAUUCACAGCAUCGUGUCUCUUUUGCAGGGAAGAAGUUCCAAGAUACUUUAGGAACUUUACCAGAAGAAGAUGAGGAGGCCAUUUAA